AUGGCUCCUGUCACCCCGUCUAGUACCAAUCGCACCUAUUAUCUGCCCCACCAUGCGGUCCUCAAGCCUGACAGCACUACUACUAAGUUACGUGUUGUAUUCAAUGCCUCGAAUCCGUCAGCAAAUGGAAACAGUUUGAAUGAUCUUCUCUAUCCCGGUCCCAUACUACAGGCUGAUUUGACCAUACUCAUUUUACGGUGGAGACUUUUCAGAUACGUUUUCAAUGCAGAUAUAGAGAAAAUGUAUCGCCAGAUUCUUGUAAACCCCUCUCAGACCUCCUUUCAGCGUAUCAUAUUCCGUAGCACUCCUCAACAUGAGCCUCAAGAUUUUGAACUCAAUACGGUUACUUUUGGUGUAAACUGCGCACCAUAUCUAGCGAUACGCACAUUACUUGAAUUAGCUAACAUCAGCGAACAAUCUAAUCCCUCAGUUUCUAAUAUUCUUCGGAAUUACAUGUACGUCGAUGAUGUCCUCGGCGGAGCUCACACAUUGUCUUCUGCUCUUAAGGUCAGGGACGAACUCAUCGAUGUCCUCACUUCAGCUGGUUUCUCUCUUCGAAAAUGGACUUCAAACAACGAUUUUUUGCUCCAAGGUCUGUCCCCAAGCCAUCUUCUAGGCGCAGAGUUCCUGAAACUAUCAGACUCUUGCACCACUAAAACUUUAGGCUUACGGUGGAAUGCCGGUUGUGACCAUUUCUACUUCCAACUUAAAAAAUCUCCCGAUAGAAGCUCUACUACGAAAAGAUCUGUCUUAUCUGAAAUCGCCAAACUCUUUGACCCCGCCGGCUGGCCAGCCCCUAAAAUAAUCGUAGCCAAAAUGAUUAUGCAGCAAAUUUGGAAAGACGAGACAAACUGGGAUGAAGACCUUAAGCCAUCCACACUUCUCCAGUGGCAUGCUUUCUUAGAUGACUAUUCCGAAAUAGAACGCGUCAAGAUUCCACGUUAUGUCGAUUUCGAUCCAUCAUUUUCCAUCGAGUUACAUGGCUUUUGUGACGCUUCGGAAAAAGCAUAUGCUGCCACAUUGUAUAUACGCGUCGAAAAUUUAGGCUGUGUUUCGUCACACCUCUUAGUCGCUAAAACGAAAGUUGCUCCCGUUAAAUUUGUCUCCCUACCCCGAAAAGAGCUAUGUGGAGCCGAACUUAUGGCCACCAUGAUUGAAAAUGUCCAAUCUCAAAUGAAUCUUCAGAACUGCAAAGUCUUUCUAUGGACCGAUUCAACCAUUGUCUUGGCAUGGUUACAGAAACCUCCUAAUCGUUGGAAAACAUUCGUUGAAAAUAGAGUUUCGUCCAUUAUUGAAAAAGUUGGAAGUCAAUCUUGGUUUCAUGUUGACUCCAAAAGUAAUCCCGCUGAUUUGGCAUCUCGUGGACUCACUGUCGCACAGCUUAUUUCGAAUAACUUAUGGUGGCAUGGUCCGUCAUGGCUUAGACUAUCUCCGGAUCACUGGCCUAGAAAUUCGGCAAAUUACUCGACAGACGAAGAGGUGAAACCUAUUCAUGUUCACCUAUCGCAUAUAACCAAUACUGAUAUCUUGAAAGAUUUCUCAAAUUUUCCCAGAGCUUUGCGCAUUAUCUGCCAAGUGUUCCGUUUUUAUUAUCGUUGCUGCAGAAGAUUGCAUCAUCAACUCGUAACAACUGACGAGCUAACCCGUGCGGAGUUGGAUCACGCAAAAACUCUAUUAGUAAUUGCCUCCCAGAAGUUUUAUUUUAAGAAAGAAUACGAUCUCCUAUCUCAAGGUCUAGACAUUCCAAAGAAAAGUCAUAUCUUAACUCUAAGUCCCUUUCUAGAUUCUGCAGGUGUUAUGAGACUAAACGGUUGUGAUACUUAA